CCACUUCUGUCCGACAUCCCAGUGGGUACACCCACCGGCGUCAACUAAUUUUUUCAUGUACCCACUUGUGUCUAUUUUUUUACCCACAUUUGUCCAAAUUGUACCCACUUGUGUCCACAUACGGAUGGCGGAAAUCGAGCGGAAAUUGACCUCCACGUCACCGCACGGCAGAACAUCGAAUAGCCUCGCAACGUCUCAGAACCUCCCAACCACGUAUCCAUGGCAUCUUUCGUAUCCAUGACUGCCGACUGCGGACCGACCGAGGAGGAACAUGUCAGACACAUGCCAGGCCCCUCCGGUACCGGAACGGGAGGAUAUCAGGCACAAAAAGAUGCCGGCAGUAAGCCCGGCAAGGAAUGCACUAUAACAACACACGCCACAAACAAAUGCGUGACACACAACGGACAACAAAACCAACGGGUCGAACCUACAGGUCGCGCAAACAGAACAAAACGACGCGCAUUGAGCAACAAUACUCACACACACGAAAGCAUCAACCGCCACCAUGACGAGUGCACACCGACUCGUCACGGCAGCAGUAGGAUGUCGAGGCAGUUUGCUCUGCAGGGCGCUCGCUCAGGGUCAAGCGGGGGUGCACCUCUGUCAACUGCUGGCGGCGCCAUGGUUGAAGAGGCAACUUUUGCGACGUCACGUGCCUUCAAACACGCAUUCGAGCGCUGCAUGAUCGCACAGUCUAGGCAGUGCCGGCUAGACAAGCGGAUUAUUGGCGGUCGGGGCAAGCUCCACCGCUGCACGGGAGCAAUCGUCAACGGGAAAGCGACAUCCGGCUGCCCGGUGCUUGCGCGGGGGUGCAAGCAAACCGAUGGCACCUGGAAGGUGACGGAGGUGGUCCUCGAUCAUGUGGCGUGCACCGGCCAGGCCAGUAACAAAAAGCAGCGGAUCAAUCGCCGAUGUGUGGAGAGGGAGGCAGCGGCGCUCGUGAGCGCCAACCACAGGAUCACCUGUCCCUCGCUGGUGAAGACGCUCAAGGCAACCUCCGGCGUGGAUGUCAGCGAGAGGACAGCUAGCAGGAUGCGGGCGGACAUCCUCGGCAAGGGAAAGGACGCGAUCGCCAAGGAGUACCAACUCCUCCAGAGCUACUGCGACCUCCUCGGGAGGGACAACGGCA